AUGACGGAUGCCAUGUGGGCCGAAGCUAGAGAGACAAAAAACUUGCCUGCAGCAAACAACAUAGCCUCCAGGCACAUUCUGAUCCGAAGCAUGCCACUGCAAAAUACAAGUACCCACCAUGAUGCCCAGACAAGACGCCUCCCCAGCCAGUUGCAACGCAAGAACGUGGCUCCACAACAUGUGCAAGCCCAAAGCGGAGGGGUGGACUGGAGGCACAGCGAGCCAGACAGCUCAACACAGCAAAAGCCACUGACACCCAGCAAACGCCAACUGACCCUCCGGUUACAACAGGAAGCAGGUCUCUCGAACAAGGUACAGCACUAUGCUCCUGGGAUCACAGGUGCCGACAAAGCCCCCAACGACAUACUCUCAAAGAUAGACAGACACUUCUCUAACCUCUGGCUAAAGCUAGAGCGCCUCAUACUCCAGCCCGCUCUGCCACACGAAGCUGCCUACCUACCCAAGCGCUCCCCACUCAAGCACACAUCCCCUGCGACACGAAAACUAACAGGGCAGCGGAAUAGGAGACGCACAGUGCCGAGCCUCAAAAUGGCGCUGAAAUCAUCCAAGUGCACACAAGCAAGACCGCAACUGCAACCAGGAGAGCCGAGCAGCAAUAUACACAAGACACGAGCCCCAACUCACAAGCUUACAUGCAGUACAACUCCUCACUCUGGGACUACGUGGUACCCCCUACUGGCAUAG